AUGCCGCCCAAAGCGAAGCCGCGCGCGGGGAAGCAAGCCAACAACGUCACCAAAAAGGCCAUCCCACCGCCCUUUACACCAGCACCCCCGGAGCUCGAAAACCUCCUCUACACCUUCGACCGCUCGCUCGUCUACGUAACACACGUGGACCCCCAUCCCGCAUGGUUCAAACGUCGCAUCUUCAUCGUGCCCCUCCUGCUCAACGCUAGCUUCGUGCUGCUCCUGCUAUGGCGCCUAUACACCAUCGGUCCCCACUACCUCAACAUCGCCAAGUCCGUCCUCGGACAAGCCAACCACACAACCAUAUACUGGGCCGCCAACACAUGGGGCUCGCUGCUCUGGAAAGUCGGAAGACGCAUGCUCCUAUUUCUCUUCGACUUUUUCCUCUUCCGCAUCGUCGGACCCUGGCCCUGGAGUUUCUUCGUCGAGCAGCCCGGCAACCCUGUUAGUUGGCGCUGGAACGUUGGGUUUAGAGAGCAAGAGAUUUAUGUAAGGGUUAGUAGGGGGUGGGGUGCGAAGGAUCUGCUGGGUGAGGCGGAGGGAAGCAGCGGACGCAGAGGAGGCGAGAGCCCUUUUUUCAAGACGCGCAUCUUGCCCGCGGUGGACAAGCAGCGGCUCCGCGAGAAAACAGGGUAUAUGCUCAUGGACGCGGAUUUCGACCUUGACUUCUUCGGCAUGGUCGCCGCGACGCAGCUCCUCGAUCGCAAAGACAUCACCCUUGAUCAUGUCCGCAAAAGCGUCUUCGUGUAUGUUGGCGACGCGGAGCGCGAUAAUGGACAGUGGGCUGUAUGGGACUGCGCCAAGCUCGAUGAAGGGUCGGAAACGGAAGCUAGGGAAAAAGUCGUUGCCUUCAAGGACAAGCUGACGGCCAUGGGCAAGGAGAGUUUGUUCUUCAGGUGGGUCGAGCUCAUCCAGUACGAAAGUAGUGCCCCUGGUGGCUUUACCCCCGAACGACAAGCUGCUGCGGCCGAAAAAGUAAAGCAGAUGUUUGAGGAUCAAGGGGUUGAUUUUGAACAGUUUAGUAGGGAGAUAGGGGGCAUGGAUGGCAUGACAGAUAUUUGA